AUGAGUGAAUCAGCAGGUGAGGUCAGGGACUUGGUGCUGACCUCUGAUUUCUUCCUGCCAGCCCCCUUCUGCCUGCUGACCCUGCUGCUGCCACCUCUCAGUUUGGGAGCCCCCAUAUCCACAGCUGAGUCUAUCACCCAAGCCUAUAAUCUGGCGCUCAACAUGCAGUUGCAGACUUCAGCCCUGCUGCAGACUUAUGUCAAGCACCAAGGCAGUCCCUUUAGUGAUCCUGGCUUCUCAAUCCCUGAACUCUCCCUCAUAACCCUGCCUUCAACCGACAUGCCCUUCGAGAUCUGGCAUGGCCUGGAAGAUGGAGAACAUCUGAGCCUCACCCAGCAGGCCUUCUGGUCCUUCAGCCAGCACCUCCUGCUUGCAGUGCGUGACCAGAAUGACAUAAACCCUUUGAAUGACAAUUCCAUUGUGUUGGAUCAGCUUGAGGAAGCAAGACUCAAGGCCAAAGGCCUAGCGAUCAAGUUGGCUCGCAUCAUGAAUACCCUGGGCCUGCCCAUACCCCCAGCAAACCCCCUCGGUACUGUCCCCUUCGGGGACUCGGCCUUCCAUAAGAAGUGUCGAGGGUGUGUAAUAAUCCGGGAUUACAGCUUUUGGACAGACCGAGCUGUGACUUUCUUGGGUGAGCUCAAGGCCAAAUACUCUGAAUAG